GUUUAAUAACAAAGAAAAUGAGAAAUAAAGAAACCCCUGAAAAGAGUGAUAGAAUAUUUGACUUUGCAACAGAAGUCAAAGAGUCGAUAUUUGAGACACCAGGUCAACGGAAAAGCUUACUUUCGUUGAGACAUGACUCAAGCUAUGGGACUGAAGGGAGGUUUUCAACUCCACUAGACAGAUUUAAGCGUAACUCCUUGUCUAAUAAUCUGUCUUCUCCGUAUGAGCAAAAAGCAUUCUCAUCAGGAGAAGCAAUGUGGAAAAUGCGAAUGAAGGCGGCAGAUAAAGGAUCCAUACCUUAUGAUUACAGAAACUCUUCUGACAAGAAGUCUAGUGUAUCUCCAAUUCGUCUUAAAAAUGACCUUAUAAAUAUUGAGAGGAUAAAAUAAGCAAAUCAGAGAAAAAGCUGUAAGCUUCAAAUCCUCUAGCAAACUCCAGGAUAGCAUCGGGAUUAAAUCUGAGAGGCAGAUAUCAGACCCUAAGAAGCUUCUUGAUGAAUUCAUGCUCCCUCAUGCUACAAUAAUGGCGUGCAGCAAGAAGAAGAAUGACGGUCAGACCCUUACUUGGAGAAAGAAGGCAAAGAUUGUUAGGAAGAAGGUAGUUUCUGCUCAGAAGCCAGAUUUACAAAAGAAACCAAUUAAAAACUCAUUCACAAUCAAUUUUAAAUAAUAAGCAGAAAGGAUCAAAAUACUGAGUGAAGAAGAAAGUCUACCUCUCCAGAAAUCGAGUCAGCCAGGAUAAAGAGAAAGAAGCCAGACUUGUUGGUAGUUCUCUAAAGGAGAAAUCUGACCAGGGACCGCCUCAGAAGAAAUAUUUCACUCCUCAGAGGUCAAAGAGCUGACUUUCUCCAGAAAGAAGUUCUAAAAAUCCGAAGAAGUAUAUCAGGACUCCAAUAAUAGUAAGAAGGUCUCUUACUGAUAAUUGUAUCAGUACAGAUGAUUCCUCUAACUUUAUGAACUCUCCUUUAAGAAGAAAGGAUCUUCAGACCUUUAGUGAGGAGAAAUUUGGAAAUAUUUACAAGAGGUCUAACUCACAAAACUUGUCAAAUAUCAAGUCUAACUCCUCCUAUUUCUUUACUGAGGGACUUAGGAAGGCAUGCAACUUUGGAAAGAUUCCAUUCAUCGGACUGAAGGAAAUUAAGAGAAAGAAGAAACCUCAAAAUGUGUCAGACAGUAAUGUUGAACAAGUUGCUCAAAAGACAGACCCUGAGUUAGAUGAGAGUUUCAAAAGAGUGUUUGACCAAAACUUGGUCAAAAAGACUACCAGGAAGGGCGAUAGGAUCCACAGAGACAUCCUUCUUGAUAAUUACCUGUUUAAAAGGAAAAAGAAGAAGGAAUUUUCUCAGAACUCUUUCAAGCUAUAAAAUUAAAAGAUUUU